CGCCGUCUCUUACGUCAGCGGUGAGGGUGGCUCGCUGUGACGCCGCUGAAGCCCUUCCUCUGUCUGUCCGCUCGGGAACCAGAACCAGCAGCUUUCUCGCGUUAGGAACGCUCUUCACCGGGAUCGAUACGCCGAGGUUCGAAGCAGUUCGCCUGAAAGCGUCGACAUGAUCCGGAACGGGCACGCGGACGGGCCGCGCGGAGGUGAAGCCGGUAAGCCGCAGAGCUCCGCCCGCAGCCCGGAGAAGAGGAGGCGGGAGAUCCGGGUGUGGUGUGACGGCUGCUACGACAUGGUGCACUACGGCCACUCCAACCAGCUGCGACAGGCCAAAGCCAUGGGAGACCGCCUCAUAGUGGGCGUGCACACAGAUGAGGAGAUUUCCAAACACAAGGGCCCCCCCGUCUUCACGCAGGAGGAGCGCUACAAGAUGGUGCGCGCCAUCAAGUGGGUGGAUGAGAUCGUGGAGGGAGCGCCGUACGUCACCACGCUGGAGACUCUGGACAAACACAGCUGUGACUUCUGCGUGCACGGAGAUGACAUCACGCUCACGGUGGACGGCAAGGACACCUACGAGGAGGUGAAACGGGCCGGCCGCUACCGCGAGUGCAAGCGCACACAGGGCGUCUCCACCACAGACCUGGUGGGGCGCAUGCUGCUCAUGACCAAGGCCCACCACAGCACUAUGGACAACCCAGACUAUCAGGAACACAAGGACAACUUUGGAAAGGGACCUGGAGGCCACAGUCCCUGGACCGGGGUCUGUCAGUUCUUGCAGACGUCCCAGAAAAUCAUCCAGUUUGCCUCGGGAGAGGAGCCCCAGCCCGGGGACACCAUCAUCUACGUGGCUGGAGCCUUCGACCUGUUCCAUAUCGGCCACGUGGACUUCCUGGAGAUGGUCUACAAACAGGCAGAGAGGCCCUACGUCAUUGUCGGCCUGCACUUUGAUCAGGAAGUGAACCGUUACAAGAGGAAGAACUACCCCAUCAUGAACAUCCACGAGAGGACCCUGAGCGUCCUCGCCUGUCGGUACGUGUCUGAGGUGGUGAUCGGGGCGCCAUACGCCGUGGGCAAAGAUCUGCUGGAUCAUUUUAAGGUGGACCUGGUGUGUCACGGAAAGACGGAGGUGUUUCCAGACAAAGACGGAUCGGACCCCUAUUCUGAGCCGAAGAGGAGGGGGAUUUUCAGGAGCAUCGACAGCGGAAACAAUUUGACCACGGAUGACAUCGUCCAGAGGAUCAUUGAGAACAGACUGCAGUUUGAAGCCAGGAACCAGAAGAAGGAGGCCAAGGAGAUGGCUGUGAUCGAAGCGAUGAAGAGGAGGGAGCAGGAAGACACGGCACAACCAGCCAACCUGUGAGCUUGUUCCCUCAGCUGCAGGGGAGGGAGGAGCCUGUGGAGAAGGGAGGAGCCUGUGGAGAAAGGAGGGGCUUUAGAGGUGGUUGUCCUCUGGAUGAGGGUUGAGGAAGACGCAACGGUUCUUCCCCUGUGGUCUACAUGUAGACGUUUUUUCAGCAGAACUGACUGUUGUUGUUCUGUGUUUAGCUGUAAACAGAUUCAUGUAUGCACUUUGUCUGAUUUUAACUCUUUUAGAAUCAUCGUCUAACAAAAACCUAUUUUUGUGAGCCGAUGGUUCCUUCCUGUACUCGUGCACCUCCAUGAGCGUGCACAAUCCUGAAGCUGUCCACUGAGAACGAGAGAUCCGGAUCCAGACAGCUGGGGGGGGGGUCAAGCUGUUUGGGUCUGACCCACUCGACCUGCAGGGGGGUGGGGUCUCAGUUUGUAUCGUUCUUAAUCCCUCUGAUUCACUUAAAGAGAUGUUAACGUUGUGCAGAAUACAGCUCCUCCCAUCGCCGUGCACGUGAGUGCACGUGAGUGCACGUGUCAGGCGGCAGCCUCAGGAAGAAGCUCCUAACCUCAUAACACAUUCACCUUUGUAUGUUUGCAAAGCUUUUUAGAAGAUUAAAGUUUUAUUCCCAAUAA